AUGCAAAUUGGCCUCAGGACCGUCGAUGCCACUCUUGCCGUGAGCGCCGCUUCCUCUCUUUUCAGAGAUUUGAGUGUCUCGGGUCCCACACCAACCCUCACCAUUCCAGGGGCAACGGUAUAUCAGGGCUGUGCUGGGGCAGCCGAAGACAUCAUGCCUCAUAAAGAUUCCAGACGCAGCGUAUACAGCCCCAUUCCUUUGCUGGCCGUGCAAGAUACAGGCCACAGCGGCAUCAACCAGCUCGGCGGGGUGUACGUGAACGGGCGCCCCCUGCCAGACUCCACGCGCCAAAAGAUCGUGGAGCUGGCGCACAGCGGGGCCCGUCCCUGCGACAUCUCCCGGAUCCUGCAAGUCUCCAACGGCUGUGUGUCCAAAAUCCUGGGCCGGUACUACGAGACGGGCUCCAUCCGGCCACGGGCCAUCGGGGGCAGCAAGCCUCGAGUCGCCACGCCCGACGUGGUGGCCAAAAUCGCCCACUUCAAGAGGGAGUGUCCUUCCAUAUUCGCCUGGGAGAUACGAGACAGGUUAUUGUCUGAGGGAGCUUGUACCAACGACAGCGUACCCAGCGUAUCGUCCAUCAAUCGUGUGCUUCGUAAUCUGGCGGCCCAGAAAGAGCAGGCCCAGGUGCAGGCCCAGGAUGCGGUGUACGACAAGCUGCGUAUGCUUAACGGUCAAGGCUGGCCCAGGCCUAACCCCUGGUACCCAGGGGGAACCACCUUCGGGAGCAUUGCUCCGGGGUAUGUGGCGCCUCCUGUUAGUGCACCAACCGUCCCCUCCCUGGAGAAUGGGUUGCCUACGAAAAAAGAGGGCAGCGUGACGGAGGCUUCCACCCCCAGUGACCAGAGUGUGAGCGGUGGCGAGGAUGGAGACUCGGCUGCCCGGUUACGGCUCAAAAGGAAACUUCAGAGGAACCGGACGUCUUUCACCCCCGAGCAGAUAGAGGCGCUAGAGAAAGAAUUCGAAAGAACACAUUAUCCUGAUGUUUUUGCUCGAGAAAGGCUAGCGGCUAAAAUUGAUCUUCCCGAAGCAAGAAUACAGGUGUGGUUUUCGAACCGUCGCGCCAAGUGGCGUCGAGAAGAGAAACUACGCAACCAGCGGAGGGCGGCAGAACAGGUGGCGUCUGCGCCGGGGCGGAUCCCGCUCAACAGCCCUUUCGCGAACUCUCUUUACCCCACCAUUGCCCAAUCCAUGGCUAGCAUGCCAGACACAUACAGGUCUGGCAUGGCGUCGAUGCCGACCUACUCCAGUAGCAUGGCUCCCAGUUCGUGCCUGCAACAGCAAACGGCCUCGUACUCAUGCAUGCUACCUCCACCACCAGGGGGACCCCCGCGCGCCUACGACCCUCUGAGCCUGGGCAACUACACGAGGAGUCCUGCAGCGCCCCAAACUCCACACGCCAUGCAGCCCUCGGCCGUCAACAGCCAGUUUUCCAACAACGGCACAGCAGCAGCAUCCACAGGACUAAUCUCGCCCGGAGUUUCUGUGCCCGUCCAAGUGCCCGGACAGACCAACGACCUGAACAACUACUGGACUCGGCUCCAGUGACAUCACCCACCCACCACAGACUCCGCCCUUGGUCUGUGGCUCAGUCGGUCUGAUCAGAAGAGCGCGAAGGGCUUCUACCAGGACAUCAGGACAUCGUUGG